UUGAAAAAUUAUACUUGUGUGUAUUGCCACUUAUUUUCUUCCACUUUUCUUUUCAGACGGAAAAGGCGAACAGAUUUACGUAAGCGAAGCAAUGAACUCGGUGGUGACAUAAUUUUGAACACUGAUCACCAUCUGAAUUUUGAUGAUGUCGAUGCAAACUCAAAGAAAAAUGUUAUCAUUUACGGCACUUCACUACAGAAUAAUGACUUCUUCAGCCGAGCUGUGCCUUAUACUUCUCAAUCGUUAAGGAAAACGGGUAGUUUUGAUAGGCCGAAAUUUGAUAGGCCACUUCAUCAGUCUUCCACAACUUUACGACUUCAUACUCGUCCUGAUGGAUAUUAUGCCGCGAGUCGCAUGUAUGAAGAAAUCCCUCCACGGAUACCAGAUAUUCGACAAAACUUUGAUGACAUUAAUAUUUUACAAUUAAAUCAGUUAGAUCGUGAUUUGAUUUUACGCGAAAGUAGUCGGAAACCCCCUCCUACCUGUCGACCACCGCCACCUCCACAAGGUUCUCCAUUUAGUACGGGUUCUUCAGUAAAUUCAAUUGAACAUGAAUUGCAACAUAUACAUAGCAGCCCUUCUCCUAAACGAGAGAUUAAAAAUCGGCCUGGAAGCGAAACGUCGCCUCGACAACCUCCUUUAGCUGUAUUUGCUCAUCAAAAUCAUGCUCAUUCUACGAUGACGUAUGUCUAG